AUGCGCCGCACCCACGAUCCGCGACUUCGAACGGCGGCGGCAUCCUGGGCAACGCCUAGUACACCUGCAGGCCGCGGGAGCGGAAGUUCGUUUCCCUCGUUCUUCAACCUCCGAGACGAAUCUGAAGACGGGCAAACCGACGUUCCCGAGACGGUCGAUCCGCUGGGCCGUGAGGACGCAUUUCGUGCGACGGGCUUCGCAUCCGAGCAGAACGAAAACGAGGGAGAUCUGACACCGGAGACACAACCGGUGGCCACGUCUUCAGACGAACCGGAUGGCGUGCAGCCGGAAGCUGGCGUCGACGAAGAACCUCCCCUCCGGCAGGCGAGCGGCGACGUCAAACCAGACGUGAAUAUACCCCUGUCGGAGAGAACCAGAGAGUCGCCAGUGCGGGAAGCUGGUGACGCGUCUGUCUCGGCAGAAAACCUCGCCGGAGCACAGUCUCAGCAAAGUGAACGUGAGACACCUUCUGAUCCAGAGAGUCCGCGUUCUGAGCAGGCAGGCGCUCUCCCUUUUGGAGUCCCCGAGUUGGACGCGGAGUCGGCGGAUGCCAAGGGAGAAGCGUCUCGAGGUUCCUCGGCUUACGCCGGACAGGCUGGCGCCUCCGAAGAAGAACUGAACGGAGUGGACCCAAGCUCUGACGAGGGUCAACGGGCUGCCGCUUCGAGUGACACAGACGAGUCCUUUGUAGUGAGCCCGGUAGAGGGGACAGCCGGGAGCAACGAAGACCCAUCGGGCGAGGACUCAGCGACGCGGCCUGUAGGACGUGAGUUGACAAGGGACACACGGCACGUAAACCAAGGCAUCUUUGCCGAGGACGACACCUCGUUGGGAGCUCUGCCUGUUCCGCUCCCACAAGAUACCGACCUGCCAAACUUGGAGACAGACGACUUCGUCGUUCCCGGAAAUAUGACGGUACCGCUUUACCACGAGGCGCUAUCGAAGUCGAUCGAGACUUCACGGCGCACAAACGGGGGCCGGCUGCCAGUGAUUCAUCUCCGGUGGCAUUCUCAAGAAUCUUUCGUGGAAUCGGCAGCGCAGAUUCUCAACGAAGAGGGGAAACCCUACUUUUACGUUGUAGCUGGCGAAUACACGCAGACACCGGUCCGGCGGAUGGGCUUUUUCCAGUCGAGUUCAGUCACUUCGCUCGGACCGCUCCAUUGGCCCAUUCCGACGGGCGAAAACGCGGAUCUUCGCGAGUCUCCCUUCUUUCUCCCCCGUCUAGACCAACUGAUUGACAGCUCUCUGAACAUCACAAGCGCCGUCGCAAUCACACGCGCGGAAACAGACACAGAAGCGAAGGAACACCCGGAGAGAAGAGAAAGGGAAACGCUAAUGCUCCGGUGGAUUCCGUAUGGCCUCACCCGGAUUGUCGAGCCUGGCGCUCAAGCAGACGGACUUUCCUACGGGAGAAACAAAGCGCAGGUCAUUCAAUCGGUGCGCGAUUUCGUCACGGCGCUGCAGCGGAAGAUGCCCAACCAUCCUGUGAAGACAGUCGACGGAAGAGAGGUCGUCGUUGUGGUCAACGACCGGCGUCCUGAACUUGAGCUCCUUCUUGGAAGGGCGAUGGAUUUUGCCCCAUCUGGAACGCCAGUGAUCGUCACGGACUCGGAGGCUUUCGCGCCCGAGGCCAUCCUGCCACGUAUUCGCUUGCUGAGUCGCGCAGGCGAAAGAAUCCAUUUUGUAGUCUUCGGAGUGGGGAGAUAUGGCCAACUUCCUCUCAACGCAGCUUUCCUCGACCGGGCUGUUCUUCGAGUGCCGAGGCCAGCGGAUAUCGACGCUUUUGUCCAGCGCCACAGCGACGCUUCUGCAGCAGCGCCGGCCGAGGAAACCGAGCCGAAGCAGACUGCCCCAGGUGGCGAGAAGAAGCAGAAUUCAGCACUUUUGAGUGACGAGGCGCCUCCGGCCUCUGACAAUUUCUUAAUUCUGAAUCCAUUCACCGAAUUUCUCAUGCGCUUCAACUACACGGAAGUCGACAACGUCGCGGGUUACGCCGAGGCGCUCACGCAGGAACUCCGACACGUCCCCAUCACCUUCUUCUACAAGAACGAGACGCGUCGCGUGGCCGUGGUCCUUCUGACGGACUUUCCAGAGGCAGAGAGCGUUUUCCUCACGAGUCUCUUGAAGCUGAACGUCAUCGUACAGGUCACCAUUGCGGUGGCCAUGAUCAUCGGCCUGCUUGCCUGUCUGUGUAUGUGCCGCAUGAUGUUCCUGCUCAAAAGCCGGUGA